AACAAUAAACAAAUUUCAGAUUGAAGUCAAUAUGCAUGCAUCAUCCUUUGUUAGCGGAAACGUUCACACCCAGCAGAUCCUUAGUUUUACUGAGCAGGUUCCGGUGUUAAAAAUACGAUGAUCUUCCUUCCAGACCGCUGAUUGUUUUGGUUUUGAGCCUGGCUUUCUCUUUGCUGCUGACCAUUUAGGUAUUAACAUAUGCAGUCUUUCUGUCUGUCAGAAUCCUGGAGAUCCAAUGGAAAUGUGCUGCUCAGAGCGCUCUCCAGUGGCCAGUGCCAUCCCAUGGCACAGCGAAGACGAAAGGAUCAAGGCAAACUUGAGGCUGCAGUUCCAGGCUCUGCAGGAGCUGCAAUUGAAACGGCUGCAGAAGCGCCUGGAGAAGAAGAAGCCCGAGGAGAAGCGGAUGGAGAAGCAGGAGCACAGUGGUGUCUUGCUGGACGGCAAUGGUCGCGAUGACCUGAAGCUCCCAGACUUAAAUCUGAAAUCACCCAGUAAUAGGAUGCUGCGGGAGGAGGCGGCUCUGGUGCAGGAUGAGGGCGGCAGGAUUCCCAGCAUUGUGAGCCAAAAGCACCCGGAGAGAAAGAAUGUGAAUAAGAGGAAGGAAGGGGACCUGCUUGUUUCAAAAGACUCGCAUGGCAUGUCCGAAGAUGUGGCCGCUGCAAAGAUUGUGCAGUUGGCCAAAAGAAACAAAGAGCUCACUGCUGCACUUGAACAAGAACAGACAAAAGUCAAGCAGGCCAAAAACAGGGUGAAAGACCUGGAGAAGGAGCUCCAGAACUUAAUAUCUCUGAAUGUUGCUCGUGGGGACAAAAAGAUGUCAUCCAAGCUACAAGAGUCAUGGGCAUCACAAUUUUUGGCCGAGAGUCCUGAAGUGAAAUCCCUGCAGGAGAAACUCUCUGCUGCCAAUUUUAAAAUAACGGAAUACCGAAAUCAGAUCCAGGCUGUGAAACAGGAGCUGAAAAUGGCACACAAGGUCCUGAGCAGCGAGGUGGGGGAAGAUGUCAGUCUGCAGCAGUUGCUGAGCUCUCCAGGGACCUGGAGGGGACGUUCCCAGCAGAUCCUGGCCCUGCAGGCACGGGUGCGGGAACUAGAGCAGCAGUUGGGACAGGCGGCACACAAGAGGAUGCAAAGUGAUGCCGAGCCACACGAGGACACGCAAAGGUCCCCGUUUCCCCGGGACAAGAGCGUUGGCCACCUGCGCAACAUGGAGCGGGAAAAGCGGGAGGCUGUGGAGAGGCUCACAGAGGCCUACGAGUCUCUGCUAAAGGACCAUGAGGAGCUUAAGAAAAAGCUGGAUGCCUCAAAGGCCAGGAAUCAGAUUCUGAGCACAGAGGCAAAGACACUGAGGACCCAAGUGACCACACUACUGGACAAGGGCCAGCAUGACAACGAGCUGAUAGACACCUUGCAGAGACAGAUGAAGCAGCUGCGGGAGGCGCUGAAGCAGCUGAGCCAGCAGCAUCUACUCUCCCAGGAGACCCAGAGGAACCUGGAGCAGCGACUGAACAGUGAAGCCCAACGCUACGGUGGCCUGGUGGAGCAGCUCCGGCUUAUGGUGGCUGAGAGAGAGCUCAAGAUCAAGACACUGGAGAAGGAGGUGCAAGCAGAGUUGCUCAGGAGUCGUGACAGCGAGGACUGCAGAGCCAAGGGUGCUGCUUGUACUUUUAGAGCUGCACCAACAGAGGAUGAUAUCACCAAGAGCUCAGUUUCCAAACUUAGCCAUGAUAUAGUGGAAGCAGGAGCAGCAGUGCCUCCUUCAGGAGGAAAGGACUUUGCUGGGGAUCACAGUGGAGUGAGCAGUGAGCAGAAACUUCAGGAGGAACAGCAGAGGAUUGGUACAGCGCCCGCUUCAGGACGGACCUCCACAAUUGGCUCGAAUGCGGCCCAAGUGCAGUCUCUGAAGGUGAAGUUUGAAGAGUACCGGGCACUCUAUCAAGCAGCCAGUGUGGAGAGAGACAAGCUUCUUGAGCUGGUGAAAGUGCAUCAGGCCAGGGAACAGAGUGCCACAAACAAGGUCCUGGAGGCUGAGCAGAAGCUGCAGGAGGAGCGACGGAGGGGCGUGUUUCUGGAGCAACAGCUGGCGAAGGCCCGAAUGGACCAGGGGAAGGAGCUCAGGUCUAAGGGCGGAGCUAAGGGCCGGGCAGGAGCAAGUGUGUCUAGCUGCACCAGCCAGACUGACCUGUCCCCAGGAAGCCACUUGGGUAUCGCCAUGGAGGCCCAGAUCAAUGAGCUUUCGGCCAGGCUGGACGCGCAGCAGGAGGAGAGCGAGGCACUCAGGGCCACCCUACGGAACCUGCGACAGGCCAAGGAGAAUGACCUGCGGCUCUACAGCGAAAUGAUAGACCAGGUCAAGCAGGUCUUCCUGCAGGCCUUGCGGCAGCACCGGCGAGACACAAGCCCUGGGACGCAGUGCUAGUUGGAAAGAGAGCAGUGAGUUCACCUCCCUGCCACUGCUGUGCAUUCGUCACCAACAAGUUGUGGGCCUUUCCAUGAUGAUCUCAACUACAGCAAGUGUGAGGAGAGUAGAAAUGAACAUUUUUCAAUGAGCUUCACUCUCAGGACAGUUUUUACAGGUGGCAGAUUCAGCUAAGGCGAUGUUCUGACAGCUGUGUGCUCACUGGGAUGAUCCCUGUGUCCACUGCUAUUACAGCGAAGCAAUCUGACAUCAGUACCUCAACAUAUUCAAAGGGAGAAUCAGAGCUCCUACAACUGGAACAGGAGUCAUUUUUCUCUAAGCACCGUUUUCUGUUAUGUUAAUGAAAUGGGGACAUUAGGACUGAGGGGCAAAGGUCAUUGGGUACAAUUCCAUUAAGACUGUAGUGUUUCCAAUCAGGCUUCCAGUGUGCUUUGCACUCAUAGCCUGGGGGCACACCCAGUUCUACAUGUUGGCAGAGGCAAAUGAAACAGCUACAGGAGGCACUCAAGUUGCUGAGUCAGCAGCAUCAUCUCUCCAAGGGGAGGCAGAGGAACCUGGAGGAACACCGAAGCCCAGCACUACGAUGGCCUGGUGGAGCAGCUGUGGCUCAUGAUAGAUGAGAGGGAGGGCAAAGUCAAAAAGCUGGAGAUGGAAGUGUGAGCACAAUCACUCAGGGUGAGGACGUCUUGGAUCAAGGUGCCAGCAGACAUCUGUGUUAUUCCAAUGGUUUCACCCUUGAAUUCUGAGCCGCUGGUCUCAGCACUGUUACACACCCAUGUCCUUGUGUGUCUGUGAUGAGCUGUGGAACUGAUGACAAAACUAGAGUGUGUACUGAACCUGAACUUUUGUCAGGUGGGGUGAGUUGUUUCCUUGCACAUGUGAAGCAGAGCUGUAACAACAAAGACUGUAGAACCAGAAUGCUGUUUAUACUAGAGCUGUACCAGUAGAGGGCGAUAUCGCCAAGCGCUUCUCUGCCUGUGAAAAAAUGUUUAUAACACGUACUUUUGUCAUAGAUGGUCUUUAUGAGGGGGGGGUGCGGUGGCGCAGUGGGU